AACCACCACAAAAUAACCCUUCUUUAUCCUCAACAAAACCAAUCUUUCAUUUGUUCUUCUGCACAAUCUCUCAUACUUCUAUAUCUCCCUCUCCUUUCACAAGGAAGGGCGUAGAAGAUACCAAAAAAACUCAAGCACAAGAGUAAUAAUAUAACUCAUUUAUACAAAAAAAAAACUAUACAAAAUGGGUGGUGUCAAGUUGUUAUUCAUCUUUGGCCUCUUGGUUUUAGCCAUGGUAGCCAAAUCUGUCAAUGCAACCUAUCCAUUGACUAAAUCUUGCAUCAACGGGCAAGGUUGCAUCGGGGACGAUGAUGAACUCGAAUCUCUAAUGGAUUCAGAGACAAACCGUCGCCAGCUUGCUAGAGGACGUCGUUACAUUGGAUACGAUGCUCUCAAAAAGAACAAUGUGCCUUGCAAUAGACGUGGACGAUCUUACUAUGAUUGCAAGAAGAGGAGAAGGAACAAUCCUUACAGGCGUGGAUGCAGUGCGAUCACGCAUUGCUAUAGGUACGCUAAAUGAGAAACAAAAUGAUAGAGAGGAGGGGAGGAUUUGACUCAGCACGGUUUGAUCUUCAUUCACUCCUCAUUCCUGAUCGUUAAUAAUCUUCUUUCUUAACGUACCAUGUGUUAUACGUUUGAUUCAUUUUAUAUUUUACUUUUGUUCUUUUUUGUUUAUUAUUUCAUCAUGAUGCAUAUAAGCUUUUGAUUCAUUUAUAUAUCGCCUCUUUUCCUUUGUUGUUGUUGUCCUUGUGUUUCGUUUCGUUCAUAUAUUUAAGUUCCGUUUGUCUAUUAUACAUCAUGAUGUUCUUAGUACAAUUAAGCAUCUGUUUUUAAAUGAGGGCCCAAGUUGGAACCUCUUUUCUUCCUUUAACUUUCCUUUUGUAUUUUAUCUCGAAACAGUCACAUCAAUUUUUUGGUUAUUUAGUUCAGAUUUGUUAGUUUAGCGAUCAAACUCUAUCGGACUAGUAAAUGACAAAACUUAUUUCUUAUGUUAGCAACAAAAUGUUGUAGAUAACCUUGGAUUGAUGAGAAACCAUACGAUGGCUUCAUGCAUAAAUUUCUAAGCCAAGAGUACGAUUUUUUGAUAUUACAUGAAACUUUGAAGUCAAAAAAAAAAAACUUUGAAGUCAUGAAUGACAUCCCAUACAUUCUUGCGAGACAAUUGUUUCUAUGAUCAAAACAGGAGGUUUUAUCACAAUGACGUGACAAGAAUGAAAAAUGCAAUGGUUAGGAAAAAUAUUUUGGUGAUUAAGUUGGGAUCUCAAGUCAGAGUUGUUUUUGGAUAGAAAAACCUAUCAAAGCCCAAACCUAACGGCAUCUUCUUGUUUAGGAGAAUGUUUAGGGUUAAAACAUGAUUAAAAUGAGGAUAAAUUACUUCAGUUAUUGUUACUGGUAAGUAAAUUUGAGUUGAAAACAGUUUACAUUCCCACGCAACACUAACAAGAUGAAAGCAUCUUCGAGAGCUGUAGAACUGGCCGGCGUUAUUACAUAGGAGUUGGGUUUACUUCAAAGAUUUUGCUAGCAGAUUGUUUAGGUGUAAAAAAUAUAAAAAUAUAUUAGUUACAUACAAACUUAUAGAGCCCCUAGAAAACGUCUAAUGUUUGGCCCAUAACGUGUGCUGAGGACUCCUUUGGUUGCCGUAUAUACCAUACUCAUACGUCUAAAAUAUAUAUUUGGUUUGGUUGUCUGAGGAAAUAUUGCACAGACUAGUAUCAUGGUCACAAGACGUCAAGACCCACCUGCACUACUACAUUCAGGACUGUAUGGUCUUUUUCCACAGUCAUUUAAUUGAAAAAUAAAGGAACUAAAGACUUUGAAGUGGAUGAGAACCUAUUAACCUAACAUUGAAACAUUAUUGAUAAUUUGAUAUAUUGCAUUGUUUUUUUUUUUUACUUUUCUUGCAUUGCUUUUAGUUUUAAAAUCUUUUGUUAUAGUAAAUAUUUAGGAUAUAUUCGUAUUCUAAAUAUAAAAAGCACUUGUAAUCAAAUCUUGAUCGAUAGUGUACAUAGACGUCAAAAAAAAAAAAAGAUCGAUAGUGUACAUAUUUAAGAAAUUUAGGUACAACAUCAUCACAAAAAAAAAAGGAUUGGAUUGUGGUGGGUAAGCUUGCCGAUAGAAUAUAACAACGAGAUUCAAACUAUUCUUGGUACGAAAUGCUAUUAUUUACAUCAGAAUUUUCAAAGGUGAUUUCGGAUAUGUAAAAGAUUAUGUAUUUACCAUCCUAAACUUUCAUGGUAAUCUAACUUUUAAAUAAAAAAAUAUAAAGAAACAAAAAAAAUGUAAUGGGUUAUGGGUCAACCGCAAUCGCUUUCAGUGGCACCACUAAUAGUGGAAGUGGGCCCUAAGAUCAACUCUCUUCACAUGAGAAUUUUCAACCUUUUAAAGAGAGAAAGAAAGAGUUGAUCAAAAAAAAAAAGAGAGAAAGAAAGAUGUAGAAUUUUAAACCUUUUAUAUGUGAGAUUGAGUCAAGUUUAAUUUAACUUGGUCUAAAGACCAUUUCAAUAUUAAUUAUUAAUUGCUCGGUGGACCACGCUCGGUAGACCACGUCUCAUAAAUGUGGAAGUUUCAACAUUCCUAAUUAUUUUCUCCACUUUUUCUUCUAAACCUAAACAUUUGACCAGAUGGGGCCAUACCCUUUUGUGCCCAUUACCUCCCAAUCUAUAUGCCUUUUGUCCACUUUCAAUUAUACUUGAAAAAUGAAAUUUAACCAUGAUUUUUUGACCCAGCAUAUCAUAUCCAAGCAGUGACCAAAUAAUAUUGCACUCUAAUGUAGCAAACUGUAACCAAACGGGGUUAACCUAUAACACAAAAAUUACCCUACAAUAUGGUUAAAAAACUAUAUUUGUUAUCAUUAGGCAAAAAGUAUUGGUGUGGUUUUAUCUCAAAACCCCUAUCAAAUCAUGAAAAUGAAA